AUGGCUUUGCAGACCGGCGUCGCCACCUCUAAAGUCCUCAUUCUCGUCGGUGCAGGUGUAACUGGAUCAGUUAUCUUGAGGAGUGGGCACUUAUCUGAUUUGAUUUCUCAGCUUCAGGAGUUGAUGAAAAACAUAAAUGAUGCUGAAACAUCUCCGGGAAAAUAUGAUGCUUCUCUUCUAGCGGCUCAGGUUCGCCAAUUGGCUAGAGAAAUCAAGGAGUUAAGCAUGUCAAAUCCUAUUACCAUUUUUAAUGGAAAUUCAUCUUCCAACGGGAAUUACGGUUCUUACAUAUUACCUGCUGCAGCUCUUGGAGCAAUGGGAUAUUGUUACAUGUGGUGGAAGGGCUGGUCAUUUUCUGAUGUAAUGUUUGUUACUAAGCACAACAUGGCAAAUGCUGUUGCAUCUGUUUCAAAGCAGUUAGAGCAUGUUUCUGACGCUUUGUCUUCAACAAAGAGGCAUUUGACAAAGAGACUGGAAAACUUGGAUUGGAAGGUGGAUGAGCAGAUGCAAACAUCAAAGCUUAUUGUAAAUGACGUAAGCGAAGUGAGAUCUAAUCUUAAUCAGAUUGGGUGUGACAUUAAUUUAAUCCAUGAGAUGGUAUCUGGCUUGGAAGGAAAAAUUGAGCUUCUUGAAAGCAAGCAGGAUAAGACUAACUCGGGUUUGUAUUAUCUCUGCCAAGUCGCCGAAAAUAUUAAAGGUGGAUCAAACGACAAAAAAAUCAAGGGUGUCGAUGCUAAGCUACUAGACCAUUCAAGAGUUUUGCCGGCUGAAGACAGAACAAAGGGGCUUCAGUUCAUUGUCGGAAAUGAUGAAUCAAAUAAGAUGCAAAAAACAACGGUAAAUAUGGAUGAACAGAAACUUGCUGAUGUUCCUGCCAAAAAUGUUUCUACUACAAAAAUGAGAAUUCAUCGAUCAUAUCCAGUUGGGCUGUCUUUUGCCGCGGAUGUCUAUGGAUUGGCUUCAUAA